UGGCUGCGCCCUGUAGAUUUCCUCUCAUCGCCUAGGUUUUUUGCCGCUGGCUGUGUGAGGUUCAAAGUUAGACUCUGGCUUUCACCCACCAUGUUAUCCCUCCGAGGCUGUGGCCGCUGGGUCGCGGCUUCCCUCACCAAACAGCAGCUUCCGUUGGCCCGGUUCAGCGGGGACAGCGCGGCUCCUCGGACUCCGCAUUUCGACGUGGUAGUCAUCGGUGGAGGACAUGCCGGGACCGAGGCGGCCGCCGCCGCCGCCCGGUGCGGCUCCCAGACUCUGCUCCUCACGCACCGAGUGGACACGAUUGGUCAGAUGUCCUGUAAUCCUUCCUUUGGUGGCAUUGGAAAGGGGCAUUUAAUGAGGGAAGUAGAUGCCUUGGAUGGCCUGUGCUCACGCAUCUGUGACCUGUCUGGUGUACAUUACAAAGUAUUAAACCGGUGUAAGGGACCAGCUGUAUGGGGUCUGAGAGCUCAAAUUGAUAGGAAACUCUAUAAACAGAACAUGCAGAAAGAAAUCCUGAAUACACCACUGCUCACCGUUCAGGAGGGAGCUGUAGAAGAUCUUAUUCUUACAGAACCAGAGCCUGAGCACCCUGGAAAAUGCCGCGUCAGUGGUGUUGUUUUGGUGGAUGGAAGCACUAUAUAUGCACAGAGUGUGAUUCUGACUACUGGGACAUUUCUGAGAGGCAUGGUUGUAAUUGGAUUGGAGAUACAUCCAGCAGGACGUUUAGGGGACCAGCCUUCUAUAGGGUUGGCUCAGACUCUGGAGAAAUUGGGGUUUGUGGUGGGAAGGUUGAAGACUGGGACUCCGCCUCGAAUUGCCAAGGAGUCUGUUAACUUCAGCAUUCUAAACAAGCAGACACCAGAUAAUCCAUCCAUACCCUUCAGCUUUAUCAAUGAAACAGUGUGGAUUAAGCCAGAAGAUCAGCUGCCUUGUUACUUGACUUACACCAACCCUAGAGUAGAUGAGAUUGUUCUUGAGAAUCUUCACCUUAAUAGUCAUGUUAAGGAAACUACAAGAGGACCCCGAUACUGUCCCUCCAUUGAGUCAAAGGUUUUGCGUUUUCCAAACCGUAUACAUCAGGUUUGGUUGGAACCUGAAGGAAUGGAUUCUGACCUUAUCUACCCCCAAGGGUUAUCUGUGACGCUACCAGCUGAGUUACAAGAGAAAAUGAUCACAUGCAUCAGAGGCUUGGAGAAAGCUAAAAUAGUACAGCCAGGCUAUGGUGUUCAGUAUGAUUACCUGGAUCCCCGUCAGAUCACUCCUUCCCUUGAGACUCAUUUGGUUCAACGGCUCUUCUUUGCUGGACAGAUAAAUGGCACCACUGGUUAUGAGGAAGCUGCAGCUCAAGGUGUGAUAGCUGGAAUCAACGCCAGUCUUCGGGUCAGUGGCAAGCCUCCCUUUGUCAUUAGCCGAACAGAAGGCUAUAUAGGAGUCUUGAUUGAUGACCUCACCACACUGGGCACCAACGAACCAUACCGCAUGUUUACCAGCCGAGUGGAGUUCCGAUUGUCACUGCGCCCUGAUAAUGCCGACAGCCGGCUCACAUUCCGAGGGUAUAAGGAAGCUGGUUGUGUGUCCCAACAACGAUAUGAAAGAGCUUCUUGGAUGAAGUCUUCUUUAGAAGAAGGCAUUUCUGUGUUGAAAUCCAUUGAGUUUUCCAGCUCUAAAUGGAAAAUGUUAAUCCCAGAGGUUUCUAUAAGUAUGAAUAGAAGUCUGCCUGUCAGAGCUCUGGAUGUUCUGAAGUAUCAGGAAGUUGACAUGGAGUUACUAGCCAAGGCUGUUCCAGAGCCCUUGAUGAAGUAUACUAACUGUAGAGAGCUAGCUAAAAGACUGAAAAUAGAAGCCACUUAUGAAUCAGUAGUGUUCCAUCAGCUACAAGAAAUCAGGGAAGUUCAGCAAGAUGAAGCCCUCCAAUUGCCAAAAGACUUAGAUUAUUUGACUAUCAGGGAUGUGUCCUUGUCUGAUGAAGUUCGAGAGAAACUCCAUUUCAGUCGCCCACAGACGAUUGGGGCUGCUAGUCGUAUACCUGGCGUGACACCUGCUGCCAUCAUCAAUCUGCUCAGAUUUGUGAAGACCACUCAGCAAAGACCACCAUUUGCAAUGAAUGAACUGCCCAAAAUUGAUCAAUACUUAUGUGAUACAAACUUCGAGAGAGUUGUAGCUUUCAAUUCAUAGAAGACUUUUAAAGAGUAUGUGAAUAAUUUAAUCAAUAUUAGAGAUAAGAACUAUUUAGCACCUGUUAAAAUAGCUUUAAUAGGUUAUUGUGGGUUUGUCAUUAAUUCAUGAAGAGGACAUAGAUUAUAAUUAGAUAUUUUUGUUGUAAGCAAUUUAUACUCUUUCUCUCAGGAGCUCUAACACAGAGAACUCACUCAUAUAACUUUAUGUAAUGUUCAUCAAAGAGAGAUAUAGUAAACCUAAAAGUAAGCCUGAAAAAAAAUCUCAAUUUGCAGAUUUGCCUAAAGACUUUGCCCAUUAAGUGUACCAGUUUAAAAGUCUUUGAAAGUUAGUAAUCUUAUGCCUGGUUAUACUAGGUUAGGAAGCAAUACCUAAGCCCUCAAAUUCUUAGGCCUAAGAGCUGGCUGGUUAGCUCAGUUGGUUAGAGCAUGGUGUUGUAACACCAAAGUCAAGGGUUUGGAUCUCCAUACCCACCAGCUGCGGAAAAGAAGGAAAAAAGAAUUCUCAGACCUAAAAAUGUGAGACCAUAGAAAAUCAUGCACAGUCAUUCAGCUAAUUUCCUAUAUUGGAAUGUAGUAUGUAGCGGGAAAGUUGACUUCUAAGAUGUCUGUACUUAUUCAGGAAAUUCUCACCAAUAAUUUUUUUGAAAAUUAAUGAGAGGAGGGCUAGCCAGUUAGCUCAGUUGGUUAGAGCAUGGUGUUA